CUUCUUUACUAUGUGAAUAAACAAUUUGAACGAGAAAGGAUUUAAAGACACAAAAGUAAAAAAUUUGUAAUGAAAUUUAUGUGACCGUUCUUCCGAAAUCCGACAGAGAGUGAAAAUCCAAGAGCAGCUGCAAGCCUCUGCAUUAAUGAUCUUUCUGUUUCUCUCCUUGUGUGUGUGUGUGUGUGUGUGUGUGUGUGUGUGUGCUCACAGAGCGGAGGUCACGGCAAGAGUUCCCCGAGUUGACACGUAUGAACCAUAAAGUCAGUUUGGACUGAGGAGCAGUCGGACCAACACGGACAUCAGUUCAGACUGAAAUCCAGUUCAGAGGGCACACGCAACAUGUUCAAGCUUGCACGGAGGCCUUGCAGUAAAAAUAAGAAGAUGGUUAAGGCGAGAGAUUGCUAUUCUGUCUUUUACAUCGGUACAAAGGGAGGACUAAAUGCCAAAAAAGAGAAAAGUUUUUUAAAAAAUGACGCUUUAAAACAGUUCGAGUAUCUUUGUGUUUACGGGGAGAAGGGAAUAACUGCGGCCGAGGCUCUGAAAAGAGACGGUCGCUUCACCGAUGACCUGGGCUACUUUGAGCUGGUUAACAUCGACGACGAACGUAAGACUGAGUGCACGGACAUAAUCGAUUGUCUGGACAAUAAGAAAUUCCAGAUAUGUUUUCCACAGGGAGCAGAUACGGAUGUAUCCAUCCCAGAGCAGCAGAAACCUCCACACGCAUCAAAUAAUGCAAAGCGCAGCGGUGGAAUGACAUCGGUCUUAGAUGUAGCACGGCAGAAUGGAUUGAGUCUAAAAACGGCAAUCAAAGAAACGGGCAGCAGCAUUGACCGUAAGGAGGUUUACGAUCUACUUUGUCAGCAGUAUCCGCGUCUGAAAGGAUGGCAGGAGAGUAGAUUCCCCAAAAAUUCUUUUCAGGAAGCACUGAAGUACAGGAAGGAGAGCUUUGGAAAGAGCCGGCAGCCUUUUACUGAAAUUCGCAGCGUUAUGUUGCUGCUCGAAUUGAGCGAGUCAGUUUGUCUCAUAUCCGGUUCCUUCAUAAAGCAAGGCACAGGCUUUGUGCUAUUUGACAACUUUGUCUUGACCAACGCCCGCUUAUUCGACUACUGGGUUAAAUCAAACACACCUAACUGGCGUGAAUUUGUAAACGUUACCGUGGUCUUUAACUUUGAAGACCAAGAGUCAGACAGGAACAACCUCAGCGCUAAGGUGUUCAUCGGCGACGAUAAGUUAGAUUAUGUCAUACUUAAGCUAGAAACAGAGAAAGUACCGCCGGGGCUCCUUAAGAGAUUUGGGCCUGUACCUUCAGACGGCGAGGCCUGUGUCGUCGGACACCCGGGAGGAGGAGUGAAAAAAAUGAGUCCUACGUGGGUCGUGGAGAAAGAGAGGGGAGAGCAUGCUGAGAAUAAUGACAAUUUAGAAGACUGCGAGGAAUUUUGCAGUCUUUGUGAAAUGAAUCAGCAGAUCAAAAACGACCCGUAUGAAAAUAUCUACGUCACCUACAACACUCUCAUGUACCACGGCUCUUCCGGCUCCCCGGUUUUCGAUGCCGACGGACGAGUGUUUGGUUUGCACAGCGGCGGGUUUUUCUAUGGGUUUCCGAACCUUAGCGAGAGUGUGAUUGAGUACGCCUUUCCUCUGCUCACUAUAUUUGAAAACUUUGUGGCUAAUCUGAAGAAAGAUGGGUAUGGGGAGGUGUUGGAAAGAGUUGAGGAGGAAGCGAAGGGAAAUCCUCACCUAGAAAACAUUAUAGCCUCUGUUGUGGGGUCAAAGCAAGGCAAACCUGGCGCGAUGUUGCAGGAAGUUGAGAGUAAAACAGAUUCUGAGGAGAUGGCUGUGUAGAGACAGAAUGAUCGCAGUAGUUUGCCUGUUUUGUACAGAUGACCUCUUAUUUUACAAAUUCUUAGUUUUCACUCGUUAUCAUUACGACAAAGGGUAUGGGGCUCUUGACAACCAUUUUCACAGUUUUUGGAAAAAGCAAGGACAAUUUGUGUUUCCUUUUUUUAUUUUAUCGUAGUUUUGUUUUUAGUUUUGACAGACAUUUAACAUAAACUUGUUUCUUUUAUGAGCCUUUAAGAUUAGUUGAGUGACCGCAUGAUUUUACAUUGCUCAACUAGUGUAAUGAAAUCAUUUUUUUCUACUUUUUGUGUGUGUGUAUGCGACCUCACUGUAGAUGCUGAAGACGUUGUAAUUCUUGUUAUGUAUGUAUUCAAGUAAAGUUUGGGAUUUAUUAAAGGCUGUUUGGAUACAGCUUCUGUUUUGAGGCUGCGAGGUUUUUUAUUUAUUUCACA